UACUACGCCUUACGUGCCGGCAUAGGAUCUCGGCUACGACUUGACAUUCUGUCACUACCAUUCCACGAUUCUCUGCUUUAGCGGCUUGUGAUGCGGCAAAGCCUAGUCCCUUGAUUGGAGCUGGGACGGAAAGCGCAGAGAAAAUUGCUUGACUGUCACACUGCCGCAAUUGAGAGUCAAUCAGGUCCUGGGUCUAGUCCGUCUGGCGUGCUUGGACGUCUUUGAAUCAGGCAUCGAAUGCAUGGCAAAGCGCCACACCUAACAAAUCAAACAAACCAGACCUACCCACUCUUCGAAACUACGUCCUCAUGGCCACGAGUGCUGUUCUGCCUCCAGACUCGCAACUGAAACGGUGGCACGAUACUCAGCACCACUUCCGUCCUUGUCCUACCGUCCAGCAUCUCACCCGCCUGUCACUCAACUCGACGCCGUCCGCGCCAAUGGCGCCGAGCGAUGGCUCAACACACAAAACACGCUUGCCGUCUUUCGGUGACUUUCUAUCUGGUGCCUCUCAUGACGGCCCAAGCUAUGCACAAACCAGUCCUGGUUCAAGUCACGGUGAUGGAAGGCUCCAGAACGGUCCUCCCACUCUUCACCGUCCACCUCAGGCGACGUUGUAUGGGCCUCCGGAACGGCACCCGAUGCAAUACCCUCCACAGACGGGCCCGCAACCACAUACCCCCCAUGCAGAAACUAACCAAGAAGCCUACUGGGCUUACGCCAACUACCUCCCUCCGGAUGGGCGCCCAGCUUUGUCCGGCAUGCCCCCUUCAGGUCCUCCCUUCGACCUGGGCUAUGGGAGAUCAAUGUUGAGGGAGGAAGUGGUUGCAGACAAAGGUCUCUGUUACGUCUAUGACGAUGGCACCGUGUGUCAGAAGGUCAUCAAUGGCGAUGCCGUCAACCCGAAAUGGGGCACCACCAAAGCUGGCAAACCUAGGAAACGGUUGGGGCAGGCUUGCAACACGUGCAGAGAAAAGAAGAUCAAAUGUGAUCCCAGCGUGCCGAAAUGUGCCCAAUGCCUGAAGUUUGGCCGUGAGUGCAAAUUCGACUCGAUGAGCCGCGCUGGCUCUAAGCAAGCAGGCUCAGCCGCUCAUUCUCCGGCACGGUCCUCGCCAUCUGCGCAGAUACAAGAUGCAGGAGCUGGACGACGGGGCUCAAAUGCGUCGGCAGACUGGAUGUCUCAAGAACUGGCCAGGCCUGCACAGAGAACAUCGAUGACGCUGGAAAGCCUUUUGUCUCCAACAUCCGAGGACGGGGCUUCUCAAGACCACGAUUCGGAUCAUUCCCGACCAGCGAAGAAGGCUCGCCGAUCACCAUCGCCUCACCCUGUUCCUGGCGGCUAUCAGGUCAAAGGAGCAGUCGCCGAGCCAUCACUGGCAUCUUUACCAUCACCAACAACUACGCCGAGCUUCUCCUGGCACAUCGACCCUGUCGAGCUUGAUCGUGGCUUGACCGUGCACUACGUACGCAAAUACCUCUCCCAUGUCGACGCUGCCACAUAUUGGACUUUGCCCAGGCAAGCUUUUCUUGGUUGGGUGACGGAGUCUGCCUCGAAGUCAUCAACUGACAAGAUGUUGUUGUACGCUAUGAUGGCUAUGGGAACAGUUUUCGCUCGUCGACCUGAUGCCGAUACUCACCGUUCGUUGUUCACAGGCUUCGCUGAAGAGGCUAUCGCACGAAAUGCCGACACUUUCAGUCUGCAGCUCCUCCAAACACGACUGAUUCUUGCACUUCUUGCUUUCUCGCAAGGCCAAUACAACAAAGCAUGGGAUCUUUGCGGCUCCGCCGUGAGGACAGGAUUCGGCUUGAAGUACAAUACCGAGGAGGGUGUUCGCACGAUUCUCCCACAUGAAAGGCUCGACUUUCAUUUUGAUUACGAAACUCUCGUGGAGUGCAGACGGCGAACAUUCUGGUCUGCGUAUAUCAUGGAUUGUUUUAAUGGCUGCUGUUCAGCCACUGUCAGCUCCGUCUACCGAUCCCAAUGCCACUUGCGAUUACCAUGCACCCAGGUUACCUUUGAGUCAGGCCAUCUACGGGAAACGCCUUUCAGUCUUGGUAUGCCGCUUAGCGCUGACAGCGUCUCUCGGGUGGGACUGCUUGGUUUCUUGGUGGAGAUCGCCACGAUCUUUCAUGAGGUGGUCGACCAGAUCAACCAAACCAAUAAGCGAUAUAGGGUACGCUACAGUGAUGAAGCAGAGAGAUUCCGUCACAAUAUCAUGAACAAACUGGAAACAUGGGAGAGUCAGCUCCAAACUCAUCUGGAAAGGGUGAGAGAUGGAGACGCCCAGUCGCAAUCCGUCAGUGGCUUAUACAUCUUGCAUUACUACACCGCGUUGCUUGUCAAUCGCUAUGUUCGUCAUGGAGAACUUGAUCAACAGGCGAUCGCCAUUCGAUUAGGAGGAGAAAAAGGAGCAUAUAAGCAAGCUCAGUCGAUGUUAGAGUUGGUACAACAACUUAGCAACGACGAAGAGAAGAAUUCUCCAUUGUUCCGGUUCGCAACAACGAGUCCAUUUAUCGGAUUCGCCAUCACGGUAGCAUUGGACGUCAUCACAGCCUCAGGUACUCUAUCGGAUCUGAUGGACCACAAGAGUCAGAUGAUGUCCUUGAUCUCGAGCGGACUCGAAGCACUGGAGAGUUUGGUCGACUAUUGGCAUAGUGCUGGUCGACAACGAGACAUGAUCAAACGUCGAUUGGGAGUCCUGCUGAGUGCAACCAAACGAGCGUCGGAUCUCAAUGGAGCAUUUUAUUUCGGAGAACGUAUGCAAAGUCCGUUCCCAUUGGAGCAAGACAUUGUCUACGGCCUUGGACGGGUACGAUAUUUUCAGGCGUUGGGAUGGGCAGGGAAGAUACAUGACGAGGGGGAUUUCCAUCGACUUGACCAGGACACAAUGGCAAACAGGGCUCAUUGACGAAGACGGAGAAGCGUUUCAUGAAGAAGAUGGCUACGCAUGUUUUAUGAUCAGAAAAUGGGAGGACGUUUCUGCUUGAGCAUUUGGUUGAUCUUGCCACUAUACCCCCGGUUUGCCUUGAAAAAGAUAGUGGAUCACAGCACUGGGCACUUGCGAGAGGAGUAUUUGAACAUAUAAAAUGAGA